AUGAGAACCUCUUUAACAAGCAUUAUUUUUCUAUUGCUUUUAAAUGGUCUUUUACGAACGGCUGUUGCCUUCCGACCAAAAGCAAGAUAUGCAGGAGGCUGUGCUUUACUAGAUGGCGCUUUGUACUGCUAUGGUGGCGCGAUGUACAUAGCUGGUCAAGGACAUCCUACAUCUCUAGCUGAACACUUUUCGCUUGAUUUGAGACAUUCAUUUGGUAUUCCGGAAUCGCUUUCCAAGUGGAAAUCAUUGAAUAACUUGACCAGUUUUUUACUGGAGCCAAAUUCUUACUUUUCUAUCGUACCACAACCCAGCAGCCAAAGUUAUGUGAUCAGUGGGGGUAUUGGCUACAACAAUGGAUCAUCUCUUAUCAAUCCAACUACUGUUUACAAUGCAAGUACAGAUACAUGGACCUCAGUUAAUACUACAGGAAUAAUACAGAGAUUUGGACAGACAGGAGUACUUCAACUAGACAGUGGUAUUCUGUUCUGGGGAGGUUUAGGAGGUUAUCUUACGGGUUUAUCAAAUAGGGGUAUCACUACAGAUACAUACAGCCCAAAACUGCUUUCGCCUUCUGUAAGUAUUGCUGAUUGUGAUUUUCGAAAUAUUUUGAGCUUAAUUGUAAUCUAUCUUACGAUAAAUCAAUGCACAAAGUUCGACGAAUGGUCAACUAUGUCUACUAGUGCAUUUCCUUUAGGAGCAUAUGCACGUGUUUAUGGGUCUGCCACGAUGGGAAGAGACGGAAGAUCGAUAUUUUAUAUUGGAGGGCAAACAGUGCAGUCAGCAGUAGUCAAUACCACAUCUACCAUAGUUGGCCAAGGCCUCGGCACAGUGUCUAUGAAUGACAUUCUGAUAUAUGAUACAGUUGAUGCUUCCUGGUUAGUGAAACAAGCCAUUGGUCCAACUCCUUCGCCCAGAACACUCCACACGGCUGUUCUAGGUUUGACUGACCGGGUGGACUUGAUUUUUAUAGUACCAGAUACCGAUAUGGUGUUGAUUUAUGGUGGAUUGGGAAUCAAUAGCUCUUUUCCAGUGAAAGAUUAUGUGUAUCAGUUAGACACAGUACAGCUUUUGUGGACUCAAAUACCGCUUCCUGUUACAUCUGGUGCUGGUCCCCGUUACGGACAUUCAGCCGUAUUGUAUGGAAAUUCGUCUAUGUUUAUCUUAUUUGGCGUCAAUGAGGCUGGUAUUCCAACAGAUGAUUUUUAUGUUCUUGAAUUAGAAGACAUGAAAUGGACUGAUUAUUUCAAAUCUGAUUGGACUCCACACUACCAAGAAAGAAACCCUAACCUAGUUCCAGUUCCACUCAGUGGGGGUGAUAAGCAUACAACUCUCGGAGGCGUAUUUAUAUCUUGUGGGACAAUAAUAGGUAUUGUUGCUACGGCUAUUGUACUCUUGGCGGCCAGAAGAAAGAAUGCAAAGGAAGAUUCGCUUUAUGCCAGCUUGAAUGCUGCGGACGAAAGAGAUGAGAGGGAUAUUAGAAGACAAGGAGCAAUAAGAAUAUCGCCAAGAAAUAGUACCUACACUCUAGCCAGAAGUUACCGAACCUCGCUUCCAACAGAUAUUUCCCGGCCAAUUGACUCUCCGGGUAUCUAUAACUACGAUGAAACGAUGCAAAGCCAGGGAUCAUCGGCGACAGUUUAUGAAUCGAUUGGCACGCCUCCUAAAGGAAAGUCUCGCCAAUCGGACGACUAG